AUGGCAUCGCAUGAAAAUGACACUUUAAGUGAUCUCUUGGGCGACCUCGAGGCGGCCUCCAAACUCCCGGCCAAGCGUCGCCAGGCAACCGUCAAGCCGACGGUUGAGAAGACGACAUCGCUACUGUACGAAAGGGGCGUCCUCCCUGACGAGCUAGCCCGUCUGGUCGACCUUGUCACUCUCCGCAACUACCUCGACCAGGCGAGCCUCGCCGCCAUCGUGCGCAACCUGUACCCGGCGGGCAAGGUGGGCGACGAUGUCGUCUUGUGCGUCGUUGGCGCCCUUGGCCACGGCCAGCUCAAGCCCGCCCUGACCCUCCAGGCCCUGUUACUGAGAUGGCUCGUCAUGGCCUACCACCUGCUGCAGAAUCCAGACAUCCUGUCACAGGCGUACGGCGUCUUUUUCAACCUACUCAGCACUGCUGCCAUUCGGCCCCAGCUGUGCCAUCUACUCGCCCUAAUCACGCGACGCAAAUAUGUCAGACCGUUCAGGAUACAGGCAAUACUGGCACUGUCCAGGCAGACAGGCAGCGAUCCGCACCUGACAGGCCUAUUGCGCGUGUUCAAGAACUACUACCCCGAGAUCAUCGUGGGCGAAGUUACAAAGGGGCGGGCCGCAGCCUUCAAACACCCUGAUCCCCAAUGGCGGGAUAGAGUAAACGAAAUCCAACAGCAGCAGCAGCUCGACCGCCAAGAUUAUGGUGGGACUAAGAACGGGUUCGCCGUCAACCAUGCCCUGGGCCGGCAGAUGAAUGGCGCGACGGCCUCUGUGUUCCCAGCUGUGCACACCCAGCAUUCCCAAGAGAGUUCAUUGACCCUUGAAGAAAUUGACAAGGCCGAGGCGUUUGUGGACAACCUGGAAAAGAUUGAGUUGCCGACCCAGCUUGUCGCCGUCAUGGCGGAUCCUCUGCUUCAGAAGCUUUUGCUCUUGCGGCCAGAUGCCGACGCCUCCGCUCGUAUAAGCAACUGGGUUAUGGCCUGCCUGGGCGAUGUGGCGGCUGGAGACACAGAUCCGGCUUUCAUGCUCGACAUGCUGGAGGUCGUCCACGACUAUGUUAUGAACACCAAGACCCUGCCACCUUUGCUCCUGACCUUCUUACAGAUGUUCCUGGGAACGUGGAAUGGCGUAGACAAGAGAAGCGAUGUGCUCGAGACUGUUAGCUAUACCCCUUUGGGCGAUUUUAAGAGCAAGCCCCCACCCCCUCUCUACAAAAAACUCUUCCAGCUCCUCGAGAGCUCACUGCUGGACAGCACGGCAGCCUCUCAGGUAUCGCUGCUGAAGUUCUACACCCUGCUCCUCCGACGAUGGUCCAUCGCAAUGCGUGCGUCUCAGGAUAGCGUCGACCCUGUGCUACCGGAUGGCUCAGCCGGUGACCUUGUGAGCCACGUCAACAAGCUCGCCCUGACGCUGACGCAGACGGCGCCGGGGGCCGCCACGCAGCUGGCCAUCCUCGACUUCUACGAAUGCUUCGCGUCCGUCUUCUCGAUACCGCGGCUGCUGCGGUCUGUCGACCUCUGCAUCCCACCGGCGCUCGUCGUGUACCCCAUGGUGUUUGGCGACUCGCUGGUGGUGCUCUCGCGGCUGUGCGGCAUCCUGGCCGCGUACAAGCGCGCAUGGGAGGCCAUCAUGGCGCCGUCGUCGCCAGCGGCGCGCCAGCUGACGCGCCGCGAGCGCGAGCAGGUCAACACGUUCAACGGCUUCCUGAUGGACCUCUGCAACUGCCUCUGGCGCGGGCGCGCCUUCGCCACCUCGGACCUCAACGCCCAGGGCUGCGGCAUCCCGCGCGCCCUUGAGCCCGCCCUCGACUCGUACGUGCGCGCCGUCGACUCGGAGCUGGCCCUCGGCGCCCUCUUCGGCCUGUCGUACUCGCCCGUGCUGUGUCUACAGGCCAUUUCGUACGUGCGCGAGCUCGAGGAGGCCGAGAUCGAGGCCUCGCCCGACGGCCUGCGGUCCCGCCACGCCGGGCCCGUCACCCAGGCCUCGCUGACCCGCCUGGCCAGCAGGGGCGGCGUGGCCCUGUCGUUUCCGGAGUACAGGUCCGGCGUGCUAAAAUACCUCGAGUCGAACGGGUUCCCGGGCGUCCCGGAGCUGAUGUACAACACGAUGAAGAAUCUCAUGAAGGAGCGAAAAUAAGCCGGCAUGUAACGUGAGGUAGUUUAGCAGGAUUACAACCUUUUUUUGUGUCUAAUUUUCUUCGAGGCCAAGCAUGCAGAUGCAGAGCUGUACUGUUUGUUUAUUGGACUGGUUAUUACCUACCUACCUGUUUUAUUCCAAGAGCAAACGCCAUGUUAAAUGCGUUGGGUAUCAUGUUAA